UGGUACUGGCGCUAUGUAUGCGUUUGACUCGACGACAAUAACUGGCGGUGUUCGACCGGAAGAACUUGACCACGAUCUCAUACCUAGAGAGCCACUCAUCUCAUUCGGUUCGCAUGCGGGACACCCGUAUAGCACGCCCCAUCCUGCCUCAGGCGUGAAACAUCUCGUCUGGGGUAAAUCGAAUUCGAGCCGACAUUGCGUGUACAAUGGGGUGAGUGCUGGCAGCGGUAACAACUUUCCACCUGCACACCCUGCACAAUCAUCUAAUCCGUUAUCAACGACACCUCGGAGAGGCUCUCUACAAUUGUGGCAGUUCCUCGCGGCGCUGCUGCGCAGUCCGACAUGCGGUUCUUGUAUUCAAUGGACGGGUAAUGGACUUGAAUUCAAGCUGACCAACCCUGAGGAGGUGGCUCGUAGGUGGGGUGUUCAGAAAAAUCGCCCUGCUAUGAACUAUGAUAAGCUAAGCAGAUCUCUUCGAUACUAUUACGAGAAAGGCAUUAUGCAGAAGGUUGCUGGAGAAAGAUAUGUUUAUCGCUUCAUGUGCAGUCCGGACGCACCUCCAUAUUCAACGAGCUCUACAGCUAAUAGUGCGGCCCAUGAGUGCCGUUGGGCUGACUGGAGCGGGGUGCCUUAUGAGCGAGGUCGACCAGACUUCAACCCGAUGACGUUUCGUACCCAACAUGGGUCAUCGUAGUGUUAAUUGAUUACGGCGAUACUGCUGCUGCUGCUGCUGCUGUUGUUGAUAGUGACGACAAUAUCAGUAAUAAUGGCAACGAUAAGCAAAUCAGAUCUCGAUGUGGUCUAACGUAGAAAAUGUAGGUUUUCGUCAAAUUGCCAAAUAAUAGGCCAGACUAAAAGAAAUGAUUUGUUAUAUUCAGAAAGGUAAAUGAACGUGCUUAGGCUCAAAUAGUCAAUUUCAGGCCCAUAGAAUUGUCACUGGAUGUUUUGAUUUACUUUUGCCAUUGAUCUGGUUUCUUUGUUUUUCAUAUAAAUUAAAGCGAAUGAUGUAAAUGCUCAUAUUUUUAGAAAAAGAUUUUUUUGCUGGAAUCGCACGUUAAAAAAGGGGCUGUGUAUAAAUCUAUGGUAAGAUCCAAAUACAUUUACAACAGUUAUACUUAAACCAAAAUGUCUGACUGUCUUCUUUAGACUUUAAUAUUUAAUCCAACAAUGUACUCCCACAUAAUUUCCACAAUACCACAGAUCUUCCACAGAUCUUAAAAUGUAUAUAAAUAAAAGAUGUGUACACG